AUGCUUCAUCUUGAGGGGCGAGGAUUUGAGGGCCAACGAAGUCAUUGUCAAUGCGGAAGUAUUGACUUGUCUUUUUGGUGCAAGGAAUGCUUUGGGAUGGCGAUGUAUUGCAAAGAGUGUGUCAUUGAACAUCAUCACUGCCUGCCAUUACACAUUGUAGAGAAGUGGAAUGGCUUAUUUUUUGAACAUAUAUCACUCAAAAAACUUGGCUUGUGUGUUCAAUUGGGCCACAACCCAGGCAAUCACUGUCUUAAUCCACAACCUUCUUUCAGCAAUGACUUUGUGGUGAUUGAUGUCAAUGGUAUUCAUGAAAUUAAACUAGAUUUUUGUGAGUGCAAGACGGCACAAAUUCGCUACAAACAACUUCUUUGUGCCCGAUGGUAUCCAGCCACCACCACCGAUCCACAAACAGCUGCUACUUUCAGCGUCCUAAGGCUUUAUCAUCUUCUCUCAUUCAAGUUGAAGGUCACCACACACAAGUUUUACCACAGUUUAGCAAGGUGUAGCAACAGUACUGGUUUAAUGGCAAUUAGGGAUCGUUAUGCGCCAUUCAUGUGUAUGGUCCAUGAAUGGAGGCACCUGCGGCAGCUUCAGUGGGCAGGUAGAGGACAUGAUCCCAGUGGUGUCAUUGCCACACAAGCAGGCAAGCUUGCUGUAAUAUGUCCUGCAUGCCCUCAGCCUGGGAGGAACUUACCUGAAGGCUGGUGUAAUGGGUGGUGUUAUGCACUUUUCAUCACCAUAGAUGCAAACUUCUGCCUCAAAAGGAAAGCUGUCUCGAGUGACUGGGUAGAUCCUGGCUCGAACACUGGCUGGGCUUAUUUUGUUGACGAAAGGGAGUAUAAGUCAUACUUAAAUGAUCAGUGCAGCACUUGUGUCAGCCAUAAUGCCAUCAAUAUGGCUGACACAAAAUCUUCACAUGGUCUAGCUGCCACUGAGGUAGGCACCAUGGACUGUGCCCAACAUGACAUGAAACGUCCAAAUGGUGUUGGUGACCUCCAGAAGGGGGAAAAUAAUGUUAUUGUACCAGUCCUCAAUGUCUCUUAUGAUAUUGCAUGCCAGUGGUCAAAGAAGUUUUGGGCCCAAAUGGAGACAAUGCCAACUCACCUCCACCUUCCUCAUGAAACUCUCAAUAUUCAUUAUUUUGUCCCAAAGUUCCAUAUUGGCGCACACAUCGAAGAGUGUCAAAUCACAUUUUCUUGGAACUUCGGCAAAUUUGUUGGGCAUACGGAUGGUGAGGCACCUGAACUUGCUUCGAGUACAAAGGAGAUGGGCCCUGGUACUCAGCACGAUACAUUGGAUGAUUACUUUGGCGAUUGGAACUGGAAAAAGAUUGCUUCACUUGGAUGGACUCUCAAACGUAAAAUGGUGGAUGCUCUGAAGUGGAAGACUGAGCAUUGUCAUGCUUUGGACAAGCUGGAGUCAACAAUUCAUCCGGUAUUGAUUGCAGCAUGGAGGGGUGAAGUUGAGGCCUGGGAGGAAGAUAGCGCAAAUGUCAAUCCUUUUCAAAGUCGCGUUGUGUCCAUCACAUUGGCAGCCAUGCAUUCACAACUAGCUGACUCAGAGGCAUCUGAGUUGCAGGCAGGAAUCAACCUCUCACUGCAUUGUGACAUAUCACUGAGUGUUCUUAUCAGUACAGGAAUAGAUCUGGAAGAGCAGCAGUAUCAGAAAGAGACACUAAUGCACCACACCAACACAUUGCAAUGCAAGAUUGACACUUGGGCUUGCAUCCAAGAACUAUACAUUCCCACAGUACCUGCCCUUCAUUCAUCAGGUCCAAAUUCUGCCCUACCGACAUCUCUAAAGCCACAGGAUUUUCCUCUGUACCUGCCAUCUGCCCUCAACGAUAUUGAAUGUGAUCAAUGGCUCCAUGAGAAUGAGUGGGAGCUUUGCUAUGCUCAGGCCCUAGACGCCCUAAAUGAAGUCAGGUCCCAUCUACGCCAGGCUGCUUCCACACGUGUUGAGGCUCGGAAAGAUGCUAGUGUUAACAAGUAUCGAUGUGCCCGUGCUGCACUUGUUGCACUCAGCCGCAAACUUGAGAAGGUCAGCUGGGAAGCAAUAAUUUGCCCACUCGAAACUGGUGAUAUUCGGCCUAUGGGUGACUUUUCUUGUGGUCAUUCACAAGGAACAGCCGACAAUAGUUGCACUAAGGAUGACAGGGUUCAAGAUUGUGUCCAUAUUGAGUGGUGCAAGGCAAGAGCACACGCAGCUCAUUGGUCAGAGGAAGUCGACUUGUUGCUUGAAGAGAUGCAGAGAGUACUUGCAUACCUAGAAUGGGAGAUAGGUGCAUGCUCAAGCCAUGUGACCAUGCGCCAGCUCAACAAGGUACCCGAACAAGAAGGACUUGAGGCCUAUGCAUUCCGUCAAGUGGGUUUACAUGCUGAUAUGAGAAGGUCUUUCCAAGGUAUAUGGCACAAUGUGCCAGUGCUCGUGGAAUCGACUAUUGAUGUUGUGGAUGAAAUUUCUGUUAGUGCAGAAGAGACAGACAGAGUCCCUUCCCUCCAUGCUCCACCUAGUGUACACAACUGUUAG